UGUCUUGUCUGGAAAUAACGGUCAUGGCUUCCUUGCUCCACACAACUGCAACUAUACUUCAACAUAAUCAUAAAAUCUGCUUCUUUCCUCUGAAACUCACUACCCCAAAUCACAUUUCUUUCUUAACUAACCGUUUCAAGAGUAACUCUGCAAAGUGCAAUGCAUUUUUUGAUAACAUCCCCAAAGACUUGUUGGAGAACACUUUUUGUCUGCACCACUUUCCUGUUUUUCGAUCAGUGUUAGUGAAGUUUCAGAGUGUAAAUGAAGACUUAUCAGACAUGCAGAGGUGGGGUUUUGUGAUUUUUUCUGGGCUGACAUGGAUUUACUUAACUGCAAGGCCAGGUGUUCUUGUUGCAGCCAUUGAUGCAUUCCUUUUGGCUCCUACGCAACUGGUUUUGGAAAGCUUAUCUGGAAGGAGAAAUCUCAAGAGGACUGAUUUUCUUAUUGUUGAUAAGAUAGGAGAAGGAUCAUUUGGUGUUGUUUAUUCAGGUGUUUUGGUACCAAAGAAUGUGGAUGUAGAAGAGAUGAUGCAGAAGAGUGGAAGAGGCAAGGUGACAAAGUUGGAUGCUAAAUCUAAGGACAAAGUCAUUCUUAAAAAGGUUAAGGUUGGAAUUGAAGGAGCUGAAGAAUUUGGUGAUUUUGAGGAGUGGUUUAAUUACAGACUCUCUAGAGCAGCUCCUGAAGCAUGUGCUAAGUUCCUUGGAAGUUUUGUAGCUGAUGAAAACAAUUCACAGUUCACAAAAGGUGGAAAAUGGCUUGUUUGGAAGUUUGAGGGAGGUCGCUCUCUUGCUGAUUACAUGGCAGAUAAGAACUUUCCUUCAAACUUAGAGUCUGUCAUGUUUCGACGUGUCUUGCAAGGUGUAGACUCUUCUAAACGAAAUGCAUUGAUCAUCAAACAAAUAAUGCGUCAGAUCAUCACAUCUCUUAAGAAAAUUCACAACACAGGCAUUGUUCACAGGGAUGUUAAGCCUUCCAACUUGGUGGUUACCAAAAGGGGACAGAUUAAACUCAUUGAUUUUGGUGCAGCAACAGACCUGAGGAUUGGAAAGAAUUAUGUUCCCAGUUAUGCCCCUUUGGAUCCUGAUUACUGUCCUCCUGAAUUAUAUGUACUACCAGAAGAAACAUCAAGUCUUCCACCAGAGCCAAUUGCAGCUUUUCUUUCACCAAUCUUGUGGCAGUUAAAUAGUCCUGAUCUGUUUGAUAUGUAUUCUGCUGGGAUUGUACUCCUGCAAAUGGCAAUACCAAGCUUAAGGUCUUCAUCUGGUUUGAAGAAUUUCAAUUUGGAAAUAAAAACAUAUGGAUAUGAUUUGAACAAAUGGAGGGACUCUACUCGCUUAAAGUCUGGUUUCCAAGUUCUUGAUAGUGACUAUGGUAGAGGGUGGGACUUAGCAACAAAACUUAUCUCAAAGAGAGGUUCCCAAAGAAGAGGACGUUUAUCUGCUGCUGCUGCUUUGAGGCAUCCUUAUUUCCUUCUUGGUGGUGAUCAAGCUGCUGCAGUACUUUCAAAAUUAAGCUUUAGCACAAAGUGAGUUUCGUAGCAAUGUUAUAUAAGUAUAUUUGUCCCAUUUUCUGAUGUUAUACACGUAAACUUGAGAAGAUCUUGUUGGAUUCUAAAAAUGUAUCUAGAGUUGUAAGCUCCAAUGAAAAAUCACA